AAAAUAAGUGCUAAAAAAUUUCACUGCCUCCUGGACUAUUAUAUUAGACAUUUGUUAGAGGAUCUUAUUGUUUUUUAAAACACAUUUACUAAAUUAAAUAAUUUAUUUUUUACAAUAACUGUUAAUUAUUCCUGUUCUUUUAUUAUUUCACAGUCAGAUAUGAUUCAUACCUACAUGACUUGAAAUUAAGGAUUUUGCACAUGAAGAUAAUGGAUCAUGACUUGUGUUAAAGAACUAAUAAAAAUAAACUUAUUUAAAACAACUAUAAUCUAUUUUAGGAAUGGACAAAUAAAGAUUUAAGAGUGUACAGGCUUGAAUUUAGGGUGGCCUAUUAUAAAGGCGUAAAAUACUGAUUUUGGCCACGAUUUUUUUCUAAACACUCAGAGAUGAUCGGUUGUUCAACCAGAACUGAUGGGCUGACAGGGCCAUCGUGAUGAGGUAUAGCAGGGCUGCGAUCCAGCAAUUAAUUGCAUUCUGAAACAGUCAAUCAAAAGUUACUGUAUACAUGGGCGUAAUCUUUACCUGUUGGUAUCCGUUGGUCAUUUUCGAAUAGAAAUCGCUCAACGAAUGGUAUUCUCCAAUUUCGGGGAUGUCUUCGGCUAGGGCAACGGCUUCAAUCCAAUAGAAAACUCCCAUAAGAGCCUGUAGUGUGUAGAAGUAGAGGGAAUUAUUGUUUUGUAAUUAAUUGUGAUGGAUUAUACGUACCAAUUGUAUGAUACCCCAGGCGCUGAUAAUUAGCCCGCACAAAGACAAUUUUGGACCACAAAUUGCCAUUUUUUCUUUGAGUAUUAUCAAUAAAUUGUCUUUGGGAAUAAAAAUAUUCAGCCCACUAAGCUGUCAUGUGAUUUAAAAGAUCGUGACUUUUUUUUGACAGAUAUCAGAUGAUUAGAUGUUGCUAUAGGAACAAUGUGGCAACGCUGUAUCGUGGAUGAUUUUGGUGUUGCUUGCAGCAACUUGUAAUUAUUAUUCAAAUCAACAAUAAUUAUAAUUCGUAUUUGUAGAUGAAGAUCUACAACAUUUGUAGAAGACUACACCGUUCGUAGAUCAUGAUCAAAGAUCUACAACAAACUAGACCGUGAAUGUUGCUAGAAUGCAUGCAGUGCCAUCUAUAAAAAAUCAAGCACACAAAAAGGGGCGCCAUUGGCGCAGACUCCGCGAUGGCCUGGCGCCAAUAAAGGCAAAACAAACCCAAAAAAAUUGACGUCAGUCCAGUCCAAGAAAGAACGUAUAACCGUGAUGACCGUGAAGCGAUGAAAAUUUUUCUUUUAUAAUUCUAAACAAGGCCUUAGAAAAAAAGGUUUCGCGUGUGUGUUUGUUGGGUGGCCCUUUUUUCCCUUAAAAGAGUCACCUUCUUUAGGAUAUGGCCAAUUUCUACCAUAUCAAAAAUGAAUCUGAAUUGUACAAAAAAGAAAUGGACUCGGAAGUAGAAAACAGCGGAAACGAAGAUUCGGACGAUUCAUCGGCGGCAGGCCUAGAAGACUACCAAUUAUGCGGAAAAACCAAGAAACUCAUCAACAAGGGCCGAUGGAGUAAAGAAGAGGAUGCAAAACUCAAAGACUACGUCGACGAAUACAAUGAAAAAUGGGACGUGAUCGCCCAGUUUUUUCCAGACAGAUCUGAUGUACAGUGCCAUCAAAGAUGGACUAAAGUGGUGAAUCCUGAACUCGUAAAAGGGCCUUGGACCAAAGAGGAAGACGAAAAAGUCAUCGAACUAGUAAACAAGUACGGAGCGAAAAAAUGGACGCUGAUAGCGCGAAACCUGAAAGGCCGGAUCGGCAAACAGUGCCGCGAAAGAUGGCACAACCAUCUGAACCCGAAAAUCAAAAAGUCCGCCUGGACCGAACAGGAAGACGAAAUCAUUUACCAGGCCCAUCAGGUGCUGGGCAAUCAGUGGGCCAAGAUUGCUAAACUUUUGCCUGGGAGGACCGACAACGCUAUCAAAAACCAUUGGAACUCGACGAUGCGUCGCAGAUACGAAAACUUGGAUGGAGACAAUAAGAGAGGUCGUAAUAGGAAGAAUCAACGACAAAUAAAUGUCAGCAAUUUAACCAAUCAAUUGCAAUCGAUGGAACAGGCCAAGCAACAGGAGAAUAUUGCUUCAAUGUAUAAUGUAGAAUGGGAAAUGUAUGAUCAAGGCAGUAACCAAUCGAGUGCAGGUGGUUUUUCAAUGGGUGCACCGAGUCCGAUGGAACGAUUAAAUCCUUCACCUACUAGCAUUCAGCAGGCCAAUAUUGCGGAAACUCAUAGUUACGCCAGAAGUUACCCUACCCAACUGUCACCUGUAAAACUAACUCCGCUCAACGAAGACCUGGAUUUGGGUUACUUCAAUAAUUCCCCAGGCGUGAGCCCUUUGAAAGAUAAUAAGAAGCAGCUGAUAAGAGCACUGGUUGAAGCUCGUAAUUAUCAAAUACCAAUCUCAAAUAAUAUCCCAAUGGUACAACCUCGAGCAACAACGCCUACAAUAUUGAGGCGUGCUGGUCGAUCGCGCAGGAGAAGAGACAGUGAAGAUCAAGAUAUGAACCAAGCAGGCCCGAGUCAACAGAAAAACGUAGAUUUCAAUUUUAUGUUUAACAGUGGCAGGCCGACAAUAUUCAGUCCAGUUAGAGGCACAGGCUCGCCUAUAAAACAACUACCUUUUAGCCCUUCACAAUUUUUGAACAGCCCUGCAAUGGCCCAUAUUAAUUUCGAUGUAACUUCGUCAUCAACUCCUAAGUCCAUUGCUCCUGAAAAACCUGAAACUCCAAAACAACAAACUCGAGAUUACAGUCCUCUCAGUACACCGAAUGGACCUCAUGUUAAAAGUGAAGGUGCUUCAGAACCUACUACUCCUAGUAGGAGAUUGCUGCAAGGAGAUACUCCGCGUACUCCUACGCCGUUCAAAAAAGCUCUGGCUGAUUUGGAAAAAAAAUCUGGGCCAAUUACGAAUUUGCCUGAUACGCCUUCUUCACGGUUAGAAGACUUUAAUGAAAUAAUGAAAAAGGAUCAGGACAGUUCGCACUAUGAAACUGAUAGUAGUUUGGUGAUAGAGAAUGACAGUGGUUAUUUGACUGGAAAACGAAAAUCAAACACAGGCAAAGAAAACACUUUGCCCAACAAGAAGGCCUGCAGGAAAGCUUUGGGACCGUCUUGGGCUUCAACUUCAACAUCUUCUGGAGUUGCUUCGGAUAUGUCUUUUGCUGUUGAAACACCAAGUAAGACCCUCGGUGAUGACACUUCAAUACUUUUCUCUACCCCGCAGUCCCUUAUGAAAGACUCUUUGGGAGUAGCUACGCUGGAUUACUCGGCUCCGCCGCACGGAGUUACAAAGCUUCAUGGUAGUACCGAAAGUAAGCACGCAACUGCGGCCAAGCGGAUCACUUUCGAUGAAGUGCCUGCCACUUUUAAGCUGGAUAGAACGUGGACCGCAAUCGUGUGCGGACGUACCAAAGACCAGUUGGACCUUACGGAAAAAGCGCACAGGAUUUUUGGUAAAAAAUUUAAGCCACGUUCACUUGCUUUCUAAUUUUUAGUAUUCGAUUUAAGAUUAAACUGAUUUAAUGUUUUAUAGUACCUUAUUGUACACAGUAUUUUGGUGUUGCAAUAUUAUUUAAAAUAUAAAUUAUAGAUUUGUGUGCAAGUACAAAAUAAGCUUAAUCAAACAAUAAAUGUUUUGUGUUUGUUUGUUUUAUAAAUAAUUUUAUUUUCAAAUUUAAUAUUCCAUUUUAGUUAGCUCUAAGCGGUUUUUUGUUUUGUGUAGGAAUUCUAAGGUAGUUUUAUUUUGAUUUUAAAUUUUUCUUAUAAUAAGUAAAGGCUUUGUUUUUAAUGCGGUUGGAAUCAGUUCUAGGUGAAAUUGUCAGAUGUGUUUAUUUAAUUUAAAUUUUAUGGUGGUGGUAAUUUUGGAUGUUAAUUUUUUUUCUAUUUUAAUUUAUAUUAUAGUGUAUUCUUGAUUUUAAUUUAAAUAUACUUACACAUGAUAUACAUUAAUUAGAGCUGGUUCUAAGCAAAACAACACAGUCCUAGAUGUACCUAUUUUAAAUAUUAUUUUAAUUGUGUAUUAUAAAGUCUGAGUUUCAAAUAAAGAAUAUUUUAUGAA